CUCAUAACUCCAAUACCCUCCCAAUAAGAGCUUAUACUGUCAACUACGGUGAACCGAGACAAUCGACCUCCGCCCUCCAGCUUUUCAACCGCACUCGAUCCCCGCCGCGCAAGCAGAUCACCCACCAUGUCCGAGGACCGCCUCUGGAAGUUCCGCAGGCCAGAAUGGCUCAACAGCAUCUGGGCGCGCAACGCGGGAGUUUACGGCGCCGGCGGUCUUUUCUCCCUCGCCUUCUACAUCCUCCUCGACUCGGCCGUCUGGUCUAAGUCGGCGCUCAACGGCUCGACCAUCCACGUCACCUUUGUCGACUGGCUACCCUUCAUCUUCAGCAGCCUGGGCAUGCUCAUCAUCAACAGCGUCGAGAAGGCCCGCCUGUCGGCCGACAGUUUCAGUUACUCCGGCUCGGGCGUCGCGUGGAAGGCGCGCGUCGUGCUGUUUCUGGGCUUCGCGGCGCUGGCCGGCGGAUUAGCUGGAGGGGUCACCGUCUUCGUGCUCAAGUUUAUCGUCCCGGGCGUGCCGUUCCCCGCGUUGACUAUGGGGGUGGAGGUCAUGGUUUCGGCUAUGAUAGUUGGGCUCAGCACGGUCAUUCUCUGGGUCAGCCAGAACAUUGAGGACGAAUACAGCUACAACCUGAGUCUGUGACAUGGGUUGUGAGACUUCCAAAGGAGGGGAGAAGAUGGUACGAACUGAAACGGAGUUACGGCAUGGAUUGGAAGGGCUAGCGGUCAGUUGUAUCUGGCCUUAUUUGCAGAUUCGUGCAGAGUGCUGAGGCGCCUUUGGAUACGAUGUAUGAUCUAGACCCAGUCGGUUUUUACCAUUCACCUUUCGACCAAGUUGCGGCCAUCUCCAUGGCAGUGCGGUUGUUAUUGGCAGGCUGUUGUCGGCUAGGUAAUUGCACAGACUAUGAGGGUGACUUAAACACCCAAGUCAAACGCCUUGUGCAUCUUCGGAGUCAAGCAAGCUUACGCGACGCAAUUGACGAGCACCUGAUGGAUAUGUGCCCUUGUCUCGAACAGGACAACACCUUUGAUUGUAUCAGAGUAUGCCGAGGAAUCUGAAAGAUGUCAGUAAUGAUCAUUAGGUUACCUGCACCUAGCCUUCG